AUGACGGUCCAACAGCAUAUUCUCAACUGGCUCUACAGCGUUCUGACAAGCGAAUACCAAGACGUCAAUCGCUGUUACGACGGCAUCGCUCGCGUGCUCAGCCGCUACCCGACCCUCUCGCCACGUACCGAUGUAUAUACUUUCCCUGAUGGCACCAGCGCGCUGCUGGUGCACCUCUCUGGCACGCUGCCCGUCAACUUUCGAGGCAACACGUACCGAUUCCCGCUAUCGAUAUGGAUACCACACAAAUACCCACGAGAACCGCCGAUAAUAUAUGUCACGCCGACCGAGUCAAUGGUGAUACGGCCUGGCCAACACGUCGAUCAGCAAGGCCAAGUCUACCACCCGUACCUUGUUGGGUGGCAGCAGUUUUGGGAUAAAUCGACUCUACAAGACUUUCUCGCGAUACUUGCCGAUGUAUUCGCCAAAGAACCCCCCGUUGUUGCGCGACAGCAGCGGCCAGCAGCGCAGCCGCAACGGCACCACGAGACUCCGCCGCCAGUCCCUCCAUUGCCUGUCGAGAUGGCAGCGAGACCUGUACAACCGACAGCAUCCGAGCAGACACGCCCGCCUCUUCCGCCAAAACCUUCACAAGACUCCAGAUCGUCCUCGGGUCCCCCGCUCCCGCCACUGCCUCCAACAUCUCCUCCGGCGUCGCAGCGACAGCCCUCGCGAUAUGACUCGGCGCCGCCGUUGCCGCCUCAAGCACAUCAGACCGAGCUGAGAAAUGCUCAAGGAAUCGGGAGUUACGGGGCACAUGUUGUAGGCUCUUCAGUGCAUCCUGCACCCCAUGCUACCCCGCGACAAGUACAUCAUCCUAAUGCUAGCUCAGCGUUGCCAACAUAUAGUCAAGGCAAUUGGCAGCAACAACCACCGCCGCCAGGAUCGUGGGGCCAAACUCAUCACACUCAAACACACUCUAUACCCUCUGAACAAACUCGAGCGCAGGCACAGCCACCACCGCAGGAUCUGCUCCUAGACGACCCACUGACGCUCGACAUCCCUCCGCCCUCUACGGUCAAGGCGCCACCUAUCCCCCCCAACCCGGAAAAGGACCAGCUGCUGAGGCAACUGGCGCAAACGCUAGCAUACAUGCGACAGCAGAGCCGUCAGCAAAACGAAUCCUCCAUGGCUGGUCUACAAGCCCAGCGCGCGGCCAUGGUGCAGGCCAUGAACGGCCUCCAGUCGGAGCUGGGCCAGCUCACGCAGCUGUCGAGCGUCAUCUCGUCCAACACCAACAUCCUGCACGAGGCGCUGCGCAAGGCUGACGGCGUGAUUGAGGGCUCGGCCAACCACGCCAAGCCCGACAUUGACGAGCUGCUGGUGGCGCCGACGGUGGUGGCGAACCAGCUGUACAGCCUGGUGGCCGAGGAGCGCGCGCUGGGCGACGCCAUCUUCAUGCUGGGCAGGGCCGUGGAACGGGGCAAGAUCCCGCCGGCCGUGUUUGCCAAGACGACGCGAUCGCUGGCGCGCGAGUGGUACCUUAAGAAGGCUCUGGCCCGCAAGAUUGCGCAGGGCAUGGGCAUGGGCCUGGGUCCUGGAGGAUAA